UAAAACCUCAGUUUGGAAAGAAACCUGAGUGGUAUGUGAGAGAAGUGGUUUCAUUUUAACAGCUGACCUCCAGAGAACAAUAUGCCUGUUUCCCCAGUUCAUUUUAUCUUCAUCUUUCUACUCUACCAGCUCACAGGGUCAGCAACCUCUAGAGCCCUGAAGGAGCUGGUUGGUGCCCUUGGUGGGUCUGUGACUUUCCCUCUGACACACUCAAUAAAUUCGAUUGACAGCAUUGUCUGGACUUUUAACACAACUACUCUUAUCACCAUACAGCCAAAAACAGCAAACAAUCAAGAUACUGUCAUAGUGACUCAAAAUCAUAAUAAGAAAAGGGUGGAGUUCCCACAUGGAAACUACUCCCUGAAGCUCAGCAAACUGAAUAAGAAUGACUCAGGUGCCUAUCAUGUACAGAUAUACAGUUCAUCCCUCCAGCAUCCCUUCAUCCAGAAUUAUGAGCUGCGUGUCUAUGAGCACCUAUCAAAACCCAAAAUUACCAUGGGUCUGCAGAACAAUAAGAAUGGCACCUGCAUGACCAAUAUGACAUGUUCCAUGGAACAAGGAGGAGAGGAUGUAACUUACAGCUGGAAGUCCUUGGGGCAGACAACCAAUGAGUCCCAUCAUGGUUCCAUCCUCCCCAUAUCCUGGAGGCUGGGGGAAAAGGAUGUGACCUUCAUCUGCAUGGCCAGGAACCCUAUUAGCAGCAACUCUUCAAACCCCAUCUUCGCCCGGAAGCUCUGUGAAGGUGUUGCUGGUGACCUAUAUUCCACCAUGGCCCUGAAAUUCUUGUGGAUUUUCUUACUUCUCAGUGUCCUUGUACUGGUGACAAUUAUUUUCAUUACAUGGAGACAAAACAGAAAAGUUACAGAGUCCAUUGAGGAGAAGAAAAUGGACACUCAUCAGGAAAUUCUUAACUACUAUCCCCCGUCUGGAGAGACCUCAGAGUAUGAUACAAUCUCUAACCUUAAUAAAACAAUUCCAGAAGAAAAUUCUGUAAAUACAAUUUAUUCUGUGGUACAAUUACCCCAAAAGAUGGAGAAAACUCACUCACUGCCUGCAUCACCAGAAACACCAAGGCAAUUUGUCUAUAAGAAUGUCAUCUAAAUAGUAGUGACUCCCUCUUAUCUCACCCCAAAGAAAGUAGUCAAAAGAAUUCACAGAACUGACAAGAAAUAUUGAGAAAGAUUGAAGAACAUUGACUUCCUUCCAGGAUAACUGUUGUUUCUGCUCCUCUGUUGAGAAAUCUCCUCAAACUCAGAAUAUGUAACUAUGUCUUCCUGGAUAUGUGAUUGUUAAUUUAUCAGCCAAUCUUAGGCAAGGAGCUUAGAAGUGUCUCUUUUGAAAUGUCAGUGCAGUAUCACACAAAUGAAUGAUCACUUCAUCCCAAGGUUUGGAAGUCAAGAAUAUUCCAAGGGUCUGAUUGUCAAGAGGGCAUGAAUAUCAAAACAAGCAGGUGUUCUCAGCAGACAUAACAGCCAGAAAUAGAUUUAUUAAUCAAUUAAUUUAGUAUGCGCCUGACACUGUGCUGAGCUUACACAGAUUUUGGUCAGUCAUGCUCUCUGCUCUCGUGAAAUUUGUCCCUCAUGGACUAUUGCUGUGGGCAGUCACAGCAGGCCUGACCACAGAUUCCCAGCACCCAGGGAGUCAGGUGUGGAUCCACAGGACUUGGGGCUCAAAGGACAGAGAAGCCAGGUGGAAGACUAGAUUUGGAAACUCAGAAGUGUGCCUGACCCAAGAACGAGGACUACAGUUCCAGUUUCAUUUAUACUCUAUGCUGCAAGUGAGAAGCCCAUUUCAGUUGAGAAACUGAGCCUGGAGACACAUUACAAAUUCAUUAUUGGGGACUUAGAGUCAGGGUGUGGUCACUUGGAAACCUUUAAAGUUGAUAAAUUAAUUCAACCAAUAUAUAUAUUGAGAACCUCUGAGUCAGUCUGGCAAAGAAAGGUAGACAUCAAAAGAAGGGUUUACUUUCUUUUGAAUGAAAUGAAAAGCCUGGGGUGGAGGAGUGUUGGUUUUGAUGUGAUCCUGGAUACAAAUCUUAAAUGAAAAUGUUGGGAAGAGAUGUGAUGUCCCAGGUCUGGGGGUGUGAAAUGUCAAAUAACAACAAAAAAAAUUUGAUUUGAUGUCUUUCACACAAGGGAAAACUAUCCAUGGAUUGGGGCAGUACUGUGCCUCACAAGCAGUGGAACACUCUUUUCAAGGAAUUCUGGGCAAGAAUGAGUUUUAUAGAGCAUUAGAAGAAGGGAAGAGAAAAAAAGGCAGGCUGGCUAAGAAGUUGAUGAUUCCUCAUCAGGCAGUGGGUCCAGUCUUCUAGGGUAAAGUGAGGUGGCUAGAGAGCUUAGUUAAAGGAUUGUGAUUGGUGUACAUUCAAUUUCCUUGACAGGCAUUUCCUGUUAUAUUCAGGCUGACUUAGGUUUGCAUUAAGUUUAGAUUUGGGUUGGGUCACGGGGGCAACCUCCAUUUUGUGGGUCUUGGUAUACCAGUUAACUUAUCUGAAGUAAGGUGCAGAAAUGUGUGUUAAAACUUGUGAAAAGAGAAAAUAUCUGAU